AUGGGUUGGUUUUGGGCUGAUGCACCUGCGACGAACUUCGGCGCCACCUCUGCGUCGCAUCCUCAUGGCGGCGCGAUCCCAGCUGGAUCUCCUCCUCCCAGCUGUCCGAUGCACAACAAGACUCUCGAUGGCUUGAACCCGAACCCGAAGCCCGCCGCUGCCGCUCCUCCCUCCGCCUGCCCCGUUCCUCACGAUCAACGCCAGUCCGCAGCAGCUCCCCCUCCUUCAGCAUGCCCUGUUCCUCAUGAUCAACGUCAUGCCGCCGCUGCUCCUGCUUCGGCGUGUCCUGUACCUCACGACCAGCAGCAGUCCGAGCCCAAAUCAUUCCUCUCCCAGCUCAACCCCUUGAACUACAUGUUCAAGGAAAUCUCUCAAGCACCCGCCAAGGACCAAGCUAUGGCUCUGCCUACAGAGCGUGAGCCCUCGACGAUACCCAAGGGCUCUGGCGACGGCAACUGGGAGUACCCCUCGCCUCAGCAAAUGUACAACGCGCUGCUGCGUAAGGGCUACACAGACACCGACAUCACGGCUGUCGAGUCCAUGGUUUCAGUCCACAACUUCCUGAACGAGGGUGCCUGGGCUGAGAUUGUUGGCUGGGAGGAGCGCUUCGGCCAGGGACUGUACAAGGGCUGGCAAGCGUGCAAGCGUGGCGAGGCCAACGCUGAUGAUGUUCUGGAGAGGUUGAAGGACGGUACCGAGGAGCCCCCUACCCUGAUCCGCUUCCAGGGACGGCCGAAGGAUAUGACUCCCAAGGCCGUCAUGCACCAGGUCAUGGGCUGGAUCUACCCUUCCAAGUUUGAAACCGAGCCUCCCUUCGACAGACACGACUGGUUCGUCUCCCGCAAGGUCGGCGGCACAACCAAGGAGAUCCGAUACGUCAUCGAUUACUACUCCGGCGAGCCCGAGCCCACCGGCGAACCCGUCUUCUACCUCGACGUCCGCCCCGCCGUCACUCCUCUCGGCGCCGCAGAGCGACUGAUCAGAUGGGGUGGCGACGUGUGGUGGAGGGCUUCCGGCGCCGAGGUGCGCGAGAAGGAAGCGCUGGCGAACCAGCUGCAGAAGCAGUAG